GCUAUCUAUCAUUCCAUUGUUCAUAAUCAUAGGCAUAUGUAAAGAAAAUAUUGUUUGGUUCCUUCGUCGUUGUGAAGAGCAACAGAUGGAUAAUAUACCAGAGCAUAUAGUAUGGGAGAUAUUGAGCAGGAUAAAGAAAACAAGCGACAGAAACGCUGUUUCUCUUGCUUGUAAACGCCUUUAUUAUUUGGACAAUGCACAGAGGCAUUGUAUAAGGGUUGGGUGUGGAAUGGAUCCUGCGGAUGAAGCUUUGACCUGUCUAUGCAUAAGGUUUCAGAAUUUGUCCAAAGUGGAGAUUACAUACUCUGGAUGGAUGUCCAAACUGGGCAAACAAUUGGAUGAUAAGGGUCUUUUUAUUCUUGCAAAUCACUGCCCUUUACUCUGCGAUCUCUCAUUGAGCUACUGCACAUUUAUCACUGAUGUUGGUCUCCGUUACUUGGCUUCUUCCACCAAGUUAUCAUCUCUGAGGCUGAAUUUCACUCCAAGGAUCACUGGCUGUGGCAUUCUCUCCCUUGUUGUGGGUUGUAAGAACCUUUCCAGGCUUCACCUUAUUAGGUGCCUUAAUGUGAGCAGUGUGGAGUGGCUUGAAUACCUUGGCAAGCUUGGAACUCUUGAGGAUCUCUCCAUUAAGAAUUGCAGGGCCAUUGGUGAAGGGGACUUGAUUAAGCUUGGCCAUGGCUGGCACAAACUCAGGAGGUUGCAGUUCGAGGUCGACGCAAAUUACCGAUACAUGAAGGUUUAUGAUCGGUUGUCUGUGGAUAGGUGGCAGAAGCAGCAUGUCCCUUGUGAGAAUAUGCACGAACUUAGCUUGGUGAAUUGCAUCAUUAGUCCUGGGAGAGGGCUUGCUUGUGUGUUGAGGAAGUGCAAGAACUUGGAGAAAAUUCACUUAGACAUGUGUGUUGGGGUGAGGGACUUUGACAUUAUAUGUUUGUCUCAGAGAUCAAGUGGCCUUCGAUCGGUUUCAGUUCGAGUUCCAUCUGAUUUUUCACUUCCCUCCUUGGUGAAUAAUCCUUUGAGAUUGACUGAUGAGAGUCUCAAAGCCUUGGCUCAAAACUGCUCCAAGCUUGAAUCAGUGAGGAUAUCUUUUUCUGAUGGGGAGUUCCCCUCAUCCUCCUCAUUCACAUUAAGUGGGAUACUUUGUUUGAUUCAAAGGUGCCCGGUUCGCCAGCUUGCGCUUGAUCAUGUUUAUUCCUUCAAUGAUGUUGGAAUGGAAGCUCUCUGCGCUGCAGAGUAUCUCGAAUCGCUUGAGCUGGUGAGGUGCCAAGAGAUUAGUGAUGAAGGGCUACAGCUUGUGAGUCAGUUUCCUAGAUUGUGCAUUCUGCGGUUAAGCAAGUGUUUGGGGAUCUCUGAUGAUGGAUUAAAGCCACUUGUUGGAUCAUUGAAGUUGGAUUCCUUGGCCAUUGAAGAUUGUCCUCAAAUUUCGGAAAGAGGUGUCCAAGGAGCUGCUAAAUCAGUGUCUUUCAGGCAAGACUUAUCUUGGAUGUACUAACUGUGUGUUUGGAACAACGUCAAAACGUGAUUUUUCACGUUUGACUGGAAGGAGAAAAUAAUAGCUUCUCCUUAAAUUGCUACUUGGACGUGGAGAGAGACAAAAAAAUUGAGUUUCAAAAUUGAAACCAAACACACACUAAACCUGUUGUUGGAGUUUAGGGACACGAUGUCCUUUGUCACCUUUUACGAGCUUACGUUCAAUCUUGGCUAUCUACAAUGCUCUCUCUAUAUCUAUAUGUCGUAUAUAUCAUCACACACAUACCUAAGAUUAUUCUGUUGUAAUUAUUUUGUACAUCUUGUGAUCAAAUAAGUGGCUUUCUGUCAUUAUAUGAUUUAUAUAAUCCAGCCAAAUGUUUCACUAUAUUUAUGAAAUUGAAACUUUUUGUAAGCUUUAAGAUAUGUAUCUUUUUGACCAUUGGCAUCUGUAGAGCCUAUACCAUUAUUGUAGCAAUGUAUUGAAGUGAAUGCAAAAGACUUCAUAAAGUAUUUUU